UGCCAGGUGUCACUUGUCAUGUGUUGUGUGUAUUUGUUGUGACUCCGUCUCUAAGGAGGCUAUCUUUUUUUUUUUUUUUUUUUUUUGCGAAGGCGCUAUGUCACAACUCACUGAAUUUGAUAAAGGCCGGAUACUUGCUUUGUAUCAAGAUGGCUAUGCGAUCAGGGCCAUUUCCCGUGCCUUAGGAUUCAGCAAAUCUACAGUUCAUCUCUGGGUGAAGAGGAUGGCGAAAGAAGGCCACGUUACUUGUCGGCGUCGCUCUGGACGGCCACGGAUUACCACGGAGGAUCAAGACAAGAGUAUACGCCGUUGCGUCGAUGAAGACCCUUACAGGACAAGAAAAGAAAUUAAGAAAAUGCUUCACCUAAGCGUGAGCAAGGAGACCAUACGCCGUCGGCUCAUCGAGCAAGGAGGGUAUGGGCUGAAAAUCGGCGAAUUUAGCACUCAAAAGAAUGAAACUCCUCUUCAGUUUGCAAACCAGAGUCAACUGACUGAGGCAGUAGAAUCUCUUUGUAGUGUUGACAUGUCUUUGCCAGACACCAGCAGAAACUGUCCAUUUCAGUCACCACCUGCAACUGGACAGGAUGACAUUACUCCUGUUCUUGUUGGAAAUGGAGCAGACACUGAUUCAUUGUCUGAAAGACCAAAAGAUUCCUACCAGACAUUACAUCACAGUUCCAGUGAUGAUAACAAUGAAUCUGUAUCCGAGUUUCUUGUGCAAAGUGGAGGUGAUAGCAAUGCUUCAAGACAACUAGGACCAGGUGGAGGAGGCGGUGAAGGAGCACAAAAUGAGCAGCCCCCUCUGCACACAUGGGGAGUAGAAAAUGUGGUGCAAGCACUGUCUGAGAACGGUGCAGCUAUCAACGCCAAGGACAUCCAGGGCAAAACAGCAUUACAUGUAUCCAUAGAAAGCCAGCUUGAUGGUGUCGUUUCACUGCUGCUUUGUCAUCCUGAACUAGACUUGACUGUAAGGGACAAAGCUGGCCUAACGCCAUUUGCUGCAGCUCUCACAUACCGUAAUUAUGGAAUAGCACAGGCCAUUCUCGAUCGCAUGCCUGCAGCAGCUGAAGAGUAUGAUGAUAAGGGCCAGAACUUUCUGCAUAUUGCUAUCCAAAAGCAAGAUAUGGAGACCAUUCUUUUUCUGCUUUCAAUCCAAGUAGACGUCAACUCAAGAGUGCAAGAUACUAAUCGGAUGCCACCAUUGCAGCUCGCUGCAGCUGCUGGAUCAGAAACGCUUGUCAGGUCCCUGAUGCUUGCUGGAGCAAGGAGGGAGACAGUUUAAGCCUCUUCAGAUGUUGGGAGAGAUGAGGCUGGGAUGAUGCACUUGAUAUCCUUCAAGCUGUGAAAAGUAUUCCAGCCAGUGAUACUGGAGACAAUGAAAUCGAUGUUGCUGAAUACAUAUUGACAGCAUGUUACACUUGAGGUGGCCUCUGCAGUGUGGUAUGCAGGUGACAGUGCCAGCUGUUGAGCCUUUUUAUAUAACUACUCACUUAAUAAAAUGAAAAUAACACCAUUUUAUAUACACGAGCUCAGUCUACUCACAUAAGAGAACUGAACAGGAAAUGCUGGGGAAAGUUACCUUCCCUGGAAGAACGCUAGAACCUGCAGUAGAGGGUGACCAGUAAUAAAUUUUCCCUCUUAUCAGUGU